AAAGCAUUCGCGGGCUCAGAUGACCACGUGAAGAAACAGAGUCAACACAAUUCGCAGCAAUACUGUUAUUUUUACUUUAUCCUGUUCUGUAAUCACAGUUUAUAAAGAAUAUUCGGUAUGAGGCCGCUCACAGAAGAAGAGACGAAAGUUGUGUUCGAAAAAUUAGCAAAAUACAUUGGUGAAAAUAUUAAACUUCUGAUAGAUCGGCCUGAUGGGAAUUACUGCUUUAGAUUGCACAAGGAUCGAGUGUACUAUGUCAGUGAGCUGAUAAUGCGAAGAGCAACCAAUGUUGCAAGGGAUAACCUGAUAAGCCUGGGGACAUGCCUAGGCAAGUUUACAAAAUCUGAAAAAUUUAAGCUUCAUAUAACAGCCUUGGACUUUCUGGCUCCUUAUGCCAAGUACAAAGUGUGGGUCAAGCCAGGAGCUGAGCAGACGUUCUUGUAUGGGAAUCAUGUCACCAAGUCUGGCCUUGGAAGAAUUACAGAAAACACACCACAAUACCAAGGAGUAGUGAUCUACUCCAUGAGCGAUAGUCCACUGGGAUUUGGUGCAACAGCUCGAUCAACACAAGACUGUCGCAAGGCUAACCCCACAGAUGUGGUAGUCUUCCAUCAGGCAGAUGUUGGGGAAUAUUUAAGAUCUGAGGACACAUUAACAUAGUCUUAUGAAAUAAAAUUAUAAAACACG